GUGGAAAACCCAGAGCUGGCCUACUUAAACAGGACACACAAAGAAGAGGGCUUUGGACUACAACAGACAAAAUGAGCAGAUUCAACAUGGGAUUUUCUGUCCACUGGCGUUGGCUUGCUGCUCUUUCAUGCCUCCUCUGUAUGGGGGGUGAAGUUCGUUGUGACUGCACAGAGGACAGGAUGGAAAUUGCAGGAGGUCAUUACACACUGACAAAGCAGCUGAACACGAACAGCAUGUUGGUCUACCACUGUCCCGAGGGCUACUAUCCAUACCCCUAUUCGACCCGCCUGUGCCAGGCUAAUGGCUCCUGGAAACCAGCACCAAAAAGAUUUAGACCUCAGAGAUGCAAGGUUGUUGAAUGCCCAGACCCCACUGUGCUGGAGCAUGGAGAAGUCUCCCCUCCUCAGGAAAAGUACUUUGUGGACAAUGAGACCAUAUAUGAGUGCUACUCUGGAUACACAAUGCGAGGCUCAUCCAAACGUGUGUGUUUACCAAAUGGGAAGUGGAGCGGCUCCACUCCCAUCUGCAGCCGUGACUCAGGAGACAGUUGUGCUGAUCCUGGUAUCCCAGCUGGCGCUUCAAGAACAGGGAACAUGUUUGGAAUUGACGAAACAGUGAAAUACAGCUGCAAUGGCGACCUGUUUUUGGUGGGAUCAAGUGAACGGGUGUGUCAGGAGAACGGCCAGUGGACUGGAAAUGAGCCAGCGUGCUACUACAAAUACACCUAUGACACUUCGCUGGAGGUUUCACAGGCAUUUGGUAGCGCAAUCAAAAACAGCCUCACCACUUUGGAGCCCAUCGAUGACACACAGGAGGGAAGAAAAAUCAGGAUUUCAAAAAAUGGGACACUUAACAUCUAUAUUGCAGUGGAUAUUUCUGAGAGCAUUGAAGAGCAAUAUAUCACAGAUGCAAAAAAUGCUUUGAUAAAACUUAUUACAAAGAUUUCAUCUUUCGCUGUGACUCCAAACUAUGAAGUCAUAUUUUUCUCUUCUGAAUAUGAGGAAGUUGUCAGUAUUCUCGAUUUUUUGGAUGGCCAUGUAGAACUCAGUGACGUCAAGAGGAAAUUGGAAAAUUUUAAAGUAGGCGACAAAAACACUGGAACAGACCUGAAUCUCGCCUUUAAUAUAUUCUUGGAGCGAAUGGCUCUCAUAAAGCAACAAGUUGGAGUGGAGGGCUUUAAAGAACAUCGUCACGUCUUUCUCAUUUUCACAGAUGGUGCUUAUAAUAUGGGCGGAUCACCAGCACCCACUGUGGCUAAAAUAAAAAACAUGGUAUACAUGAACCAAACUGGUGAUCAGGAGAGUCCGUCUAGGGAAGAAUAUCUUGACAUUUAUAUUUUUGCCAUUGGAGCAGAGAUCUUUGAUGAGGAUCUGCAGCCCCUCACAGCAGGGACCGGUGGAGAGCAUUACUUCAGACUGCAGGAAAUUAGCAAUUUACAAGAGACCUUUGAUGAUAUAAUUGAUGAAGAAGAAGUUAAAGGUCUAUGUGGUCUUCAUAAGGACUAUGACUCAAAGAAGGACAGGACAGAUGAAAGCACAAGGAAAAGGUAUCCGUGGUGGGUGUACAUUACUGUCCAGAAUGAAGGUCUGCCAAAGAACUGCCUCGGCUCUCUGGUGACCUCCAAAUUUGUCCUGACUGCUGCUCACUGCUUUACAUUUGGAGACUUACCUGAGCAUGUCAGAGUUGAGAUUGAUGAUGGAAAUGGCAGAGUGAAAAAAGUUAAAACCUUCAAACUUCACCCAAAGUACAAUAUUAAAGCUAAAGUGAAUGAGGGCGUGAAGGAGUUCUAUGACUAUGAUGUGGCUCUCAUCCAACUAGAAGACGAUGUUCAAAUCUCCAAUGCUGUAAGACCUAUUUGCAUACCCUGUACCCAGGAGACCAGUGAUGCUCUCAAACUGGUUGGUAAAUCCACCUGCAAACAUCAAGAGGAGGUUCUGUUAAAGACUCAUCUUGAAAGACUUAAUUUCCUGACCAAGAAAGGAAACACUAUAUCGGAAAAAGAAGUCCACGCUAAGCUUGAUGAUCAGAGAGAUACAUGCAUCCAACACGCAUUAGGGGCAGAAGGCAUAACGACGGUUAAUCCAAAGGUUGCUGUGACUGAUAACUUCCUGUGCACUGGUGGUCUGACUCCUUUCAGAGAUCAUAUAUCCUGUAAAGGUGACUCUGGAGGUGCUGUGUUCAAGAACUAUGAGCAUCGAACAGUACAGGUUGCACUGGUAAGCUGGGGAACUAAGGAUUUGUGCAAGUCGGGAGGUGGUCUCGUCGAGUCAGAUCACACCUCCAGAGAUUUCCAUAUUAAUCUUUUCAGAGUUGUCCCUUUUCUUAAAUCGGUCCUUGGAAAUGACACCCAGGAUGACUACGCACCACUUGAGUUUUUGAACAGCUAAAUCCAUUUACAUGCAUACAUUUUUUUUCAGCAUUUCAGUUAUAUGAUCUGUUUAUAGUGUAUACAUUUAUGUUAUUUUGCUGAUUGAUGCUGUGUUCAAAAUGUUGUUGUUUUUUUUUUUUUACCAAAAACAUACAUACACAUGCUCACAAAAAAAAUGCAUCACCCAUUCCCAAAAUGCACAAUAGCAGUCCUGCAAAUUGUUAUCAGUUAUGUUGCUCUGUACUUUAUCAUCAUUAAAUCAGCAUCCUCAGUGGCCAACCAUGAUGUACAGCAGUUAAUAAAACAGUAUCAACCCA